AUGAGCUCUCCUCUCGGAUCUCCGAGGCUCAUGUCCUCUGCCAGCCCCUUCCGCAACAAGGUGCCUACACAGAUGAGAAGGUGCCUCCCCGCCUAUCUCUUCCUCGUCUUCGCCCUUUUUGUCAUUCUCAAUUUCGACUGGGUCUUAGCGAUACCCAAUCCUGCCUCCGUCCUUCGUCGACAGCCAAAGCCGCCUCCUGUACCAGGUAGCACAUUUCCGCAAAAGAUCUGGCAGACAUGGAAAGUCGAUCCUCUCCACUUCGAGGAGCGCGAUCUGUUGACGGCGCGGACGUGGACGGAGAAAAACCCGGGCAUGCGUUACGAAGUUGUUACCGAUGCCAACGAGAUGGCAUACAUUGAGGAUCGGUAUGGUCCAGAUGGCUACGAUCGCCCAGACAUUGUGGAAUUCUACCACAUGAUCAACCUACCCAUCAUCAAAGCCGACCUUUUGCGAUAUAUGAUCAUGUAUGCUGAGGGCGGCAUUUACGCAGAUAUUGAUGUCGAGACCAUGAAGCCUUUUCAUCGGUUUAUUCCCGAGCGAUACAACGAAAAGGACAUUGACUUGAUUGUCGGCGUUGAGAUUGACCAGCCUGAUUUCAAAGACCACCCCAUCCUGGGGAAGAAGUCCAUGUCUUUCUGCCAGUGGACAUUUGCGGCGCGCCCUGAACAGCCCGUCAUGAUGCGUCUGAUUGAAAACAUCAUGAAGUGGUUCAAGGCCGUUGCUAGGGAUCAGGGUGUGCCGCUGGGUGAAGUGCAGCUCGACUUUGAUCAAGUCAUCAGCGGCACUGGACCCUCUGCUUUCACCAAAGCCAUUCUCGAGGAGAUGAACCGCAAGUCAAAAGGACCGAGGGUCACCUGGGACAAUUUCCACAACUUGGACGAAUCCAAGCUAGUGGGCGGCGUCCUCGUCCUUACUGUUGAGGCUUUCUGCGCCGGACAAGGACAUUCUGACUCUGGCAAUCACAACGCUCGAAACGCCCUUGUCAAGCAUCACUUCCACGCGUCCAACUGGCCCAGCCGCCAUCCUCGAUACAAACACCCUGCCUAUGGCCAGGUCGAAGACUGCAACUGGGAGCCCGAGUGCGUCAAGAAAUGGGACGACAAUAUUGGCAACUGGGAUAAGUACUCUGAGAAUGAGCAAAAGAAGAUCAUCCAAGACAUUGAGGAUGCCCGACUGGAACAAGAGCGGCAGCAACAGGCUUUGGCAGCGCUGCCUGCGGCUUUCCCCUAG